GCAGCCAGAGGAGAGGGGAGAGUUUGCAGACUGGGUAACGGAGAGUGGGGACAGACAUCUUCUGGAGAGUGUGCAGCCACAGUCGACUUCUUAAUCUGCAAAAAAAAUUUAAAAUAAUAAUAACUUCUGCAACCACUUCUGCAUCAAGAUGGAGGAUAAAGUCACCGAUUUCUCUGGAAAAUGGAAAAUGAAGUCAUCGCAGAAUUUUGAGGAUCUUUUGAGAGCUCUGGGUGUGAAUGUGUUCCUGAGGAAGAUCGCAGUGACGGCCGCCUCCAGCCCAGCGGUGGAGAUCACCCAGCAGGGCGAGAGUCUGUCCAUCAAGACCUCCACCAGCGUCCGCACCACCAAUGUCUCCUUCACCGUGGGUCAGUCCUUCAAUGAGGCCACAGUGGACGGACGUCCCUGCACGAGUUUUCCCAAGUGGGAAACAGAAAGCAAGAUCAGCUGCGAACAGACUUUACAGAAAGGCGACGGGCCCAAGACGGCGUGGACCCGAGAGCUGACCAAUGACGGAGAGCUGAUACUGACGAUGACCGCCGGGGAUGUUGUCUGCACCAGAGUUUAUGAAAGGGAAUGAGGACAUCUUUCAAAAUCUUCAUCCAACGCUUCUCUUUUGUGUCUCCACCAUCACUUCGCUUUCCUCGCCUAGAUUUCUUCUUGUCGUCCUCACAGCCAAUCAGAUGUCGGGACCAGUCCACUGUGUAGAAAAGGCUUCAGUUUUAUUGAAUGUAUGUAGAUGCGAUUGCCUUUUAACACCAAAGCUGAAUUCACUCUCACAUAAAUGCCACAUAUUCCGCUUCAAAAGCUGCAUCCCAGUGUCUGAAUCCAUUCUCACGUUGUUAUUAAACUGUUUUAUAUGAA